AGAAGGCGCCAGAAACUUGGGAAACAAACCCGGGAAGCGCGAUGCAUUAUCACUAAGACCAGCGGGUUUUCCCUCCGACCUGGUAGGAAAAUGGAGCCACGCGGCAGGUGUGUUCUGGAAGGCGAGUCGCCGCCUGAUGAGCGUCCCACCUGUUGCUGGUCUUGGCGCGGAGUCCGAUCCAGUCGGGCUGCUUGUUAACGGAAGGGAGUGCGGGGUAGACCCGUGCCGCGCGGGGCUGUGACACAGCGGCUGCAAUCAGAAGCGUUUAUAGGUUCUGCCCGGGGAUGGGGUGGGAGCAGAAUCCACAGUUGAAGGCUGAGACUUUUCUCCACUUUCCAAGCUGUCGGCACAUAGAAAUGCCUUUGAAUUCCCAAAUUGAGGAAAGCAUUCAGAUAACCGGUUUGACAGAUAACUCCAUUGGCAGGAAAGCUGAAUUUGGAAGCGAGGAGGACAUGUAUCGUGCUGCGGAUGAAAUAGAAAAGGAGAAAGAGUUACUUAUACAUGAAAGAGGGUUAUCAGAACCUAAAUUAAGUGUAGCUCCUGAAAUGGAUAUCAUGGACUACUGCAAAAAGGAAUGGAGAGGAAAUACGCAAAAAGCUACAUGCAUGAAAAAGGGCUACGAAGAGGUAUCUCAGAAAUUCACCUCCAUAAGGCGAGUCCGCGGAGAUAACUACUGUGCGCUGAGGGCCACACUGUUCCAGGCCAUGAGCCAGCCUGCGGGGCUGCCCUCCUGGCUGCAGGACCCGGAGCUCACGCUGUUACCAGAAAAACUCAUAAGCAAAUACAGCUGGAUCAAGCAGUGGAAACUUGGAUUGAAAUUUGAGGGGAAGAGCGAGGACCUGGUUGAUAAAAUUAAGGAGUCCCUCACUUUACUAAGAAAGAAGUGGGCAGGCUUGGCUGAACUGAGAACUGCUGAAGCAAGGCAGAAAGCUUGUGAUGAACUGUUCACAAAUGAAGAGGAAGAAUAUAGCCUUUAUGAAGCUGUAAAAUUUCUAAUGUUACACAGAGCCAUUGAACUAUAUGAUGAUAAAGAGAAGGGAGAGGACGUACCAUUUUUCUCUGUGCUUCUGUUUGCUCGGGACACAUCCAGUGACCCUGGACAGCUACUGAGGAACCAUCUAAAUCAGGUGGGACACACUGGUGGCCUCGAACAGAUUGAAAUGUUCCUUCUGGCCUAUGCUGUGCGCCACACCAUCCAGGUGUACCGGCUCUCCAAGUACAGCACUGAGGAGUUCAUCACGGUCUACCCCACAGACCCACCCAGGGACUGGCCGGUGGUGACCCUGAUUGCUGAGGACGAUCGGCAUUACAACAUCCCCGUCAGAGUGUGUGAGGAGACGAGUUUGUGAGAGAAAUACACCCGGACAGCCUGGCAGCAGGGAGAGGUGUGCGGGCUGCUCCUCAGCUCGGGCCUCGGCUUGCUGGUCUCUUAGAAUGAAUUACGUGGACUCUUGGACCCUGUGAGCCAAGCUGGCCUGGGAUGUUCUGAAGACUAGCUUCUGAUAAUGAGUUAACCAAGUUUUCUUCUCAUUUAUGAUGCAGUGUUUUAGUGGGGCCUUCCAACACAUCUGUUGGAAGCUGCACACUCCAUCUUUGUUAUAAAACAAAUACUUUAGUAUCAGAAGAAUGUUCUUUAUAUCUCAAACCAAACUUUCUCUAUUAGUAAACUGGCUUUCGAAUUUUUAAUAGUAAUUUUUUUGUUUUUGUGGUAAUGGGUCUCUGUGGUGCCCUUCCUAUGCAGUCUGCUUACGUGGUAUAAUUCUGGGAUGGAGCCUGCUAAUGGCAGUCUCGACAUCCUCUGAUAGUCUUGGCAAGCAGGGGUUUGGAUUUAUAUACUAAUUAAAGCUACUUUAAACAGAUUAUUUAAUAGAUGAUUGAGAAUUGGUUUUUUAAAGGCUGGAGAAGUUGCAGGAGGGAGAUGAUGGCACCUGUAAAUCCUUGCUCUUCGACAUGACCAGUGUUGAGGCCGCAGCCACACCAGGUCUGGUGCAAGUGGUGUGCUCUAGUGUCGGGCUGUUUAUUACUCUGUGGCCCAUAGGUUCACUAUUAUAGUCAGAACAGAGUUCAGAUCUACUUGUGUUUUUAGAGGAGGAAACCAAGGCCAAAUGACCGCAGGGCACUCAGAUAUCUGAGUUUAGGGGUGGGAUAAGCUGGAUCCAGGUCUUCCUGUGCCCUUUUCCUACUAUUUUUUAGGAUGUUUCUAUUGCCAAAUUCAUCUGCUGGCAGGGGAUGAGUAACAGCAGAGUAGCUAAGGUUUUUCAUGAGUUAGUUUAAGCAGAACUGCGUACUAAAACAGUGCAAAAGUAUGGCUAUGUUGCAUCUGUCCCUGAUUUGGUUUGGGAAGCCCUGAGGGAGGCAGGGUUCUGGGCCCUGAGCAAUUGCCUGCACGGUGAAUGAAUGGUGGUUAUGGGGCAGCCUAGCUGCCUGUGGCCUGCAUUAGGACCUGAAUUGUCCACGUGAGGCGUGGACAGUGCUCACAGUUACCAGACACGUCACUCUUUAGGGUUGUACCAGCAGCACCUGAAUUGGCUCAGCAUUAGUAGAGGUGGUGUUUCCCUGAAGCACUGAGCUUUAUUUUAGAAUAACUUAAAUCUUUAUUUGGUGCAGUUUAAUAGUUUAUAAGCUCUCUAAUCUGUGUUUUUUCAGAGGGGUGAACCUUUUUGGAAAAUCUAAGUUUUGCUUUCACUUCAGAUUCUUAGUUGAGAAAACUCAGAGGCCACACAAAACUAUUCAGACUGUUACGUUAGUAUUUUCCCCAUGACCUCAUCAGUAAUGGUCACCACAUUUUGGUAGAUGCUAAUUCUACUCUAAAUGUGUGUGGGUUGGGGAGGCUUGUGUUUUUCACUGUGAAAUGCAAUGGUGCCUGGAUAGGAGGUGCCUAGAAGCCAAGUUCAAGUAAUAAUAAUGAUUUCUUGUUGGCUUUGAUGCUUCAUUUUAGUAUUUGUAACAUAACAGGAAACACAUAACAUUUCAUCUUGAAUAUUUUUAAAAGCGUAACUUCAAAUGUGUAGGUUGAACAAGGCAGCAGGGGUCUGUGUUCCUCUGACCAUUUGUUCAUACCCACCAUUGAAUUUAAUGAUACUCAUGAUCA